UUGUGCGUGUUCUGUCAGUUCUGUGACAUGCUAUAUUUACAUUUGCUGAUACUUAUUCGUGCUUUGCUUCAGCUGAGAGCAGUUUGUUUCUCUCUGUCAUCUGUGCUCUUCCCCCACAUAUCGUGAUAAACAUUAUGAUACGUGUAUCGGUGCAUGCCAUCACAACAUUUUGGUGUUGUGGUAUACCUAUAUAAUAUAACAGCUGCUGCAGAUAACUCUGCAAGUCUGCACACUGACUUUGACAUUGGAACAACAACUUUGUAGUUGUAAAUACAGUCUAUAUACUGUAUAAGUUACAUGUAGGGAAAUAGUCUGUGUACUGUGUAGUUGUAGUGCAUACUUGUACACCUUUUGUCCUCUACUCCUUCCCUCCACCUCCACUAGCUCGAUUGCUAUAAUUUUUUUCCUCUCUCUGCCCUCAUUGUUGCUCGCUUACAUCAGACAUGGUGCCCCUCUCUCUGUUUCUCUCAGCCUCUUGCUUUUCGUAUGAUUCUAUUUUGUCACGGUGCACUGCACGGUGUAAUGUCUCUCGCUCCUUCUGCAAGUUCUGCAUGCUGCUGAUGUGUAUAUGUGUGUGGGUGCUGUGCAUGGGUAUUGGUUCUUUUUUUUAAAGCGUGCGCGUCUCUUUCCUGCUGGUGUAUACAGAUUGAUGAAAUCAGCUGUGGUGGCAUCACCUCUUGUAAAGUUGAUGAGUGACAAAGGAGAAGAACAGCAGCAGAGAGGAGAAAGGAUGCUGAUGGAGAGCAGCAAUCUCAUCAGGACGUGCGAGUGAUCUAAACUCCAACUGCUGCUGCUGCUGCUGCUGGUUUAUUUUCCUCCCAACAAGUCUAGAGAGAAAAAUCCGUCAAGAUGGGUUCCAUAGCUCUGGAAGAGUUUGAACUCAUGAAGGACUCAAAGUAUCGAGUUUAUGUGUCAUCUGUGGACAAGGCACUCAAAAGCUUUGAGUACACCAGCGAAUGGGCAGAUUUAAUAUCUGCACUGGGCAAGCUUAACAAAGUGCUCUUGACUAACAUGAAAUUUCCAGUAAUCCCAAGGAGGAUUAAAAUUUCCAAGAGGCUAGCUCAAUGUAUGCAUCCAGCCCUACCAGCUGGAGUUCACCUAAAAGCUCUAGAAACUUAUGAUAUUAUAUUUAAAUGCAUGGGAACAAACAGAUUAAGCCACGAGCUUUUUAUUUACAGUGCUGGUCUCUUUCCACUGUUGGGCAAUGCAGCAAUGAACGUGAGACCAUUACUUCUAACAGUUUACGAAACACAUUUUGUUCCUCUGGGUGAAAGACUGAGACCUGGCUUGAGUGGCUUUCUCAGUGGGGUCCUUCCAGGACUGGAAGAGGGUUCGGAUCACUUUGACAGGACCAAUUCGUUGUUGGAAAAAGUUUGCGACGGAGUUGGUCCGGAACAUUUUUACACGUGCCUGUGGGACUGUUUGGCUUCUAAUUCUGGAAUCAGACUGCCCGCCAUAUCGUUUGCUCUGUCGCACUUUAACAAAAAGUCGACCAUGGAAGAUCAACUCUACAUCAUGGGAACCAAUGUCAACAUCAUGGUCGCCGCUCUGUGCGCCGGAGUUCAAGACAACUCGGUGCUGGUACAACGGAGCGCCUUGGACUUGCUGCUCGUGGGCUUUCCGGUUCACAAUAGCCAACUGUCGCGCCAAGACAUGGUCAACAUACUCACGGCCGCCCUCACCACGAUAUUACGACGCGACAUGAGCCUGAACAGGCGGUUGUUCGCCUGGCUACUGGGCACGGAAGUCAACACGUCGAUCCUGAAGAAGAAAGCCGAUCCCGCGGCCGCCGAGAGCUCGGCCGCCUACUUCGAGGUGUACUCGAAGGACAUGCUGAUCGAGGCAAUCAAGGCGACUCUCAGGAACAUAUGCGCCGACAACCCGCAGGACCUCAAGCCUUACCGGAUACUCAUCUCCCUGCUCGAUAAGCCCGACAUCGGGCCCGUCAUACUCGACGACAUACUCUACGAGGUCUACAGAACAUUUUACAACGCUUGUACCGCAGCGACGGGCAAAGGCUCUAAAUCGACGGAGGUGAUAAAAUCGGUAAACCUCUUGUUCUCAACCCUCGAGCCGCAGUACGUGUGGAUCCAUUGCGGCUACCUAUUCGAAAAGGCUUGCGAAAAGGACUAUGGGAGCAGAUCGGCGAGGCUACGGCGCACCUAUCAAGAGCCUUCGGUCAAACAAAUCGGCAGCUCGAUGCCCGAUCUCGCUGAAGUCUGCCUGCUCUCGGAGUUUUUGCUCGAUACCGUCUCGCUCGACGCGUUCAUCGACACACCGUCCGAGCACCUGCCGAGCCUGUUUCACCACAUAAUCGAAAAACUGACGAGCCGCAUCGACUACCUCUCAGCGAUCGAGAUAACGAAAAGUCUCGAGCUGUGCAGUAAAAUCCUCCUCAAGGUGCAACCCGUGGUCGCGGCGAACGCGAGCUCCGAGAAGCCGGAAGGUGAGACGAAGGUCGACGCAAACGGAGUCGCGGUGUCGGUCGAGAGUAACUUGGGUACGACUUCCUUGGAGAAGAGCCAAUCGGACAGUAAACUCAACAAGCCGAUACUCAACGAAUCGGCCAACAGCUCAUUCCAGGAUCGCAGUCCCAGUGUAACCAACCUUUUGACCGGGAAUGCUCUAAACUCUAGUCCUCGGAGGAGAGCAAACUCGAGCGGUGCGCCGAAAAAGAACGACAAAAAGUCCAAAAAGAAGUCCAGCAAAAGUACGUCCAAGCUCUCGGAUUCCUACUCUAUUCAAGCCGACAGCAGCAACAUAUCCGUGGUCGUGAGCGAAGAUGCCAAGUCUCCCAUGAUGGCGCGGAACAAGAGCAUGGAGGAUCUCAAGUCGACGGACUAUCAGCAGGAGAACAGCGCGGUCGUCGAGGCCCAGAAUUCCGAUACGACGAAGAGGGCGUCCUCGGGGGCUGGCUCGCUGAGCUCUCUGAACCGGGAGCCCUCGCCGGCUCAGCAGCUUCAGCACUCGAUGCUCGAAAAGUGCCUACGCCUGUACGAGCUCUUUUACGUCAAACUCGUCGAGAGAAGGAUUUUGGAUCGCGACAAGUCCGUGUCUGAACUUUUCGACUGUCUGAAAGUGUCGUCCUGCAAGGAGAGCUUCGAAGAGCGCACCAGGCAUUUGGAACGGCUGUUGAAGUUGAAACUUGAUUCCGAGGACUCGGGAUUCUACAGUCACGAUUUUCCCUCGCCGGAGGACCAGCAGUUGGACAUAUUGCAUCCGUACGUGGAAUCGGUGGACCAAUCCGAUUGGGAAGAUACGUUAAAGGUUGCCUCGAGUCUUUUUGUCGAGCUGUCCACAUUUCCAACGUACUUUAUGUCGGGCGACGGUCUGCCUGAAGAGGAAGAGCCGAAGAAUAAAAAAGUCGUGCUGCCCGAGUGGCUGAAAGUACUAAUAGUGUGCAGUUGUUGGCUUGGAAAGCAGCCUUCUCUCCAGCUCACGAGUAUCGCGACUCUGUUGGACUUGAUCGCGUUAUCCAAGGCUCACAGCGAUUCGGCUAGUCAGACACACGGCGAGGGUGUAACGACAGUUGUAAUCGUGCCCUUGUUGAAACACUGGCACGUGUCGUGCUUGAAAAACUACACGAACGUAUUCCAGAUCUUGGCUCACUCUUUGUGGCAUCAUCUUGGAGAGCUCCCCGUGCACAAGUACAGAAUCCGCUGUGUCGAAUUACUACACGAAUUGCAUCACACGCUGAGUGAUUCCUGCGACGCUGUUGAGGAUGUAAUUGGGUCAGCGCUAAUGGCCGAGAGCAUGGAGAAAAGAAUCGAGGCGUGCAAUCGAUUUUCUACUCUGUGGCAUCUUGGAAGGGACAUCGAAACUAAUCCUCGAUUGAGAGGAUGUUUACGAGGUUUUGAUAAAUCACUGCUCAAACUGCUCGACAAUCUUCAAUUAGCUGACAACUCGCCGCUCAAACUCCAGUCGCAAUCCUGGCUGUUGCACUGCCUUGUGCGCAAUGACAUUUCGCGUAUUGUCAACCCCGUGCUGAUGAUGCUACUCGAUCCCUCUACGUGUCGCAUGAGUGUCCUUCACGUUAGCAUCCAGCACAGCAACAUCGUGCUGACAAGGAGCGACCCAGCAACUCUACAAGAAAAAUCUGAAAACGCGCAGGACGACGCUGAGGGCACAGCUAAUAUAUACGCUAUUAGCUCUGUCGAUGGUAAUGUCAUCUACCACGUGAGCAAUAGCCAAGAAGAGCGUCACGAUGACAAAAAAUGGAAACGAGGCUACCGCAAGAAAAAAUCGAUAAUAAAUCCAGUGAAGGUGAAACGCAUAUUCGCGGUAACAACGUUAACAAGCGACAGCAAGGGUAGCCAAUACGUGACCGAACGAAAUCAAACAACGAUGCGCGAGCUCGAGGUACCACCCGCAAUCUCGGGCAAUCGUAGGAUAUCGGUCUUUGUGAAUCCAUUGUCGAUGAAUGGCAAUGAAAACUCAAACGAUUCGCUCACGGAAGACGACUCUUCCCAGCAUACGUCGAAGAAGAAUGCCUCUACUCCUGUAGGUAGUUCUGGUCAUAACGCGUUUACGAAUGAGAUGCUGAGAAACGUCCGGAGGUUCAAAAAGCCGGAAUACAGCAAAGGAUCUACGGGCAGUUUGGACGAGAGUCUGUUCGAGUCUGUGGAUUCGGUGACGCAAUCGGUUCAAACGAAAGACAAAGGUGAAGAAGACGAGAAAAAGUUGAAUGGCGAGGCGGGUUCGUCGUCUCUGGACUCCAUCACGAAUAGUUUGGCUUCCAGCAGUCCUGAGAUCGUUGCCACCAAUAAAAUAACACUGAAAUCGAAGAAAGAACCAGUGCUAAUGCCCAAUAGCUCACGCGAAGUUGCCGGAACGAUAAUAAAGGGAAAAUACAAUAUAACGAAUCACGAGUUGAAUGCUACAUCGUAUGAAAUGAAUGAUACGGUCGGUAGUUUCGAGACUACCAACGAGGUACCGAGUUGGACGAUGGGAGAUGAAGAGGGCGAUCUGGAAACAAGCACUACUGCCGAGGAAUAUUUCAGCAACUCGAGCGGUGUCAGUAUAGUAGAGGAUGUGCUCAACGAAGUAAUCAAUAAGGCUGUUGAGUUAUGCGAGGAGAACAACGAGACUAAAUUGAAUGAAGAAUCCAUACAUUUGGACAGUGGUGGCAUUAAACGCAGCAGUACGGGUGGCGUGGGCGUGCACAACUUACACUCGCACAUGCUUCUGUAUUGCGGUGUUUACGACUCGACUCGUACCCUUUACGCCCUGCGAAUCCUGCGUAACGAAGUGCUAACCAACGCCCGGAUGUUUCUGUGCGCCGCGGCGACAACCGGCGUGUCAACAAACUCACGAAGUGCUUCUCUCCUUACUUUGUUGGCUCGUCAUCGUAAAAGUGUGUUUGGCAGGAACUUUUAUGGCGAAGUUGCGAAUACAGAGUUUGUCGCUGCGUACAGAAGCAGCAUGUACUUGGAGCUGCUCAUCAGCGUGUGCCUUUACUUUUCGCGGAGUUAUUAUCCAAAUCUCGGUCAGAUGAGAUUGACACAAGAGGAGAUAUCGGGCAACAGACAGGUUCAGCUGGCAAGUUCGGAAUUGUUGACGCUUAUAUUUUCGGAACUGAUACCAAUAGUGCGAGAUUCCGGAAAAGGUUUUAGUUGUUAUAUCAUGGAUUUAUUGACGAAAUGUAAGGUGCAAAAAGUUGCACUUCACUGCCUUGUGUCGAGUGUGCUAACGAUGAAGAACGCUCAGAAGGACAGCGACGACAUUUUUACGUUUACCGAGGAAAUUGUGCAGUUUAACGAUCCUGUCACGGAAAACGAUGUUAAUAAGUGUAAAUACAGAGCGAGCGAUCAUACGGAAGCCUUCCAAAUGCAAUUAUUAAGAUUAUUGUUAGCUUUGAUAAUGCUUGAGCAUCAAUGCGGAGCACUGAAGAGCGAAGACGUGGCGGCUGCGUCGACACCGUCGAGCCCAUCACGGAAUAAUCACAGCUUAUCCAGUAACACGUUGAAAUACGUUCUUGGAGCUCCAAUCACCCAGCAACCUAUGUUUAUCGCGAGCAUUCUCAGUGCUUUAAAGUUAGAGCACAUGAGACACCUGCAUCAGUACUGGACGACGCUCGUCACAUCUAGUCUACCAUUCAUGGGCUCAUCACUGACGCAGAUCGUCAUGUCGGUCAUUCAUCAGCUCUGCUGCAACAUCGAGCAGCUAGCAUCUUACUACGUGAGCGAUGAAGCGUUACUUUUGUCGCGUAAAUGCGAGGAUAUCAGUGUGGUUGAAUGCUGCCUACCCGCAGACUACACCGUCACGCAUUUAGAGGCUUUGACUUUUUUGCUGCAUUAUUGCUUACUCGACAGCUCGCAACAGAUUGUAUUCUCGUUCAAUCAGCCAAGCAGCGCGAUACAAACUGGAAUGCCUGGGGCCAAUCCUGGUCAGAUAUUCAAUAACCUCAUGCACGUUUUCAUGCCCACUUCUUUAAGUACCGAGGCCAAUGGCCCCAAAGAUAAAAAUGCUACAAACGAGAAAUUCCUCGCUGCGAGGAGAAUGGCGCUAAGUCACCUACCUAGGAUAAUAGCUUCGCUUUCUACGCUCUGGCAAGCGGUUUUAAUUAUUAAGGACAACGAGCAGGCGACGUGCGUCGUAGGCAGCCCUCGGAUAGUUAAGUAUCAACUUUUGGAACUUCUUUCUCCUAUUUCCUUCCACCAUGGUGUUAAUUUCUUAGCUGCAGUCGCCGUAGCUUGGCACGAAAGGAGGCAACCCUCGUCUAAUUCUAAGAGGGUAUUACCAGAGGCUUGUCCAAACCAGCAAGUUUUAGUUCAAUUAGUUAGUGCAAUUCGCGUCAUGCCUAUUGAUACAUUAGUACAAACCGUUCACCAAGUUAUUAAAACCCCACCGCCCGUUAAUGGAGUGAAGCAGGACUUUUGUCUGGAAGUUUCGGUUUUAGAAUUACUUUACAUUUACAUGCAAAGCAAUACGUCGCAGACUCUCGUCGAGUCGUGGGCGUCGCUUCUUGGCUUGUUAAAAGAUGGCAUUUCUUUGACUGCUCCCGCACAAUUUCUGCUGUUAGCAAUUUUGAAUGAAUAUGUGCAAAAGUGCCCUCCAAUGCAGGAGAAGAAAGACGUGAGAGAUUUACUAGAUAUUACGGCUAAGCUCGUCGAAUCGUGCUCUCAAAUUGCCGGUGCGUGUCUCGAACAAACUACUUGGUUACGAAGAAACUUGGCUGUGCGUGAAGAUGUUUUCGACACGUCGGAACCCUCUUCUUCCGAGGGUAAAGAGGGCAAAACCGGCACAAUCACACCUGGCACUCCACCAAACUCCGCAUACAGCGUACAAGCGCAAGCCGUGCUAGCGGAAAUUUUGGCGCCGCUUCUCGAUGUUGGCUACGGAUCUCAAGAAAAAGAACGCGUCGCUACUCUAUUGACCAAUUUGAUGUACAACGUCACACCUUACCUGAAGAAUCACACAACGAAAAAUAUUGCAUCGUUCACUGCCUGCUCUCAGCUCUUGAGCUCGCUCUCCGGAUAUCCAUACACGCGCAAAGCAUGGCGUAAAGACGUCCUAGAUCUACUUUUGGAUCCUGCCUUUUUCCAAAUGACAGCUGCUUGCUUACCCUACUGGAGAACAGUGAUCGACAAUUUGAUGACACACGACAAUACAACGUUUAGAGAUUUAUUGACCAAAGUAUCACUAGCACAGAGUAGCAGCAUUAGCAUUUUCUCGUCAAAGGAACAAGAGUACGAGCAGAGGGCACAAUUGUUAAAAAGACUAGCAUUCGUUAUUCUGUGCAGUGAAAUGGACCAGUAUCACAAAUACAUGCCAGAAAUUCAAGAACGCCUUGCCGACAGUCUCCGAUUACCUCAGGUAGUGCCCUCAAUUCAGGCUCAAGUAUUCCUAUGUUUUCGAGUUUUGCUACUACGUGUAUCACCACAACACGCUACCUCGCUGUGGCCAGUUAUAGUCAGUGAAUUGGUUCAAGUGUUUUUGUACAUCGAGCAAGAAUUGAGCACCGACACUGAGGAGUUUGGUCGUCAGAACAGUUCGCACAUCAAGUUGCUGUCGGCACUGGACUCCUCGUGGGCCGUUAACGCUAACAACGGACUCCAGGCGCACGGACAUCCGCACUGGUUACAGCUGCAGCUCGCAGCCGCCAAACUGCUGGAUCUAGCGCUUCUGUUGCCGGCCCAUCGACUGCCCCAGUUUCAAAUGUACCGUUGGGCAUUCGUUGGAGAUGCCGCGUCGGGCAGUACGGAUAAUAACAAUUUGAGUUCGGACUUUGUGCCGCACAUAACCAGGAUAGCCAAACUCAUGGACAGUAAAUUCAAAGGUGGCGAGUCGCCGUCCGCCCUGCCCCAAGGCGAGCUGUUGCUGACCUCGAGCAACAUCCGCUCGUUGCAGGACCUGCAUCGUUUCUUCGUGGCCCUGAGCCACCGCUCCGAGGAAUCGUCCACGAAUUUGAACGUCGGCCAGCUCGAGUCGGUCAUCGAGCAGGACUUUCUCGAGAAGAUGCCGAGCGUGCCCGCGAGAUAGUCGGGCAGUACGGGCUCGCCGGCAAUUGUUGCCGACGUUCGUGGGACGAUGAUGCGCGAUUUGCGCUACGCCGUUGCUUGCUGAUGCAGGGGACGACAAA